AUGUUUCCGGGUAAAGCUCCAGGUGUGGAGAAGCGGCUGCCGACGCCGGAGAAAGGAGGGCCACGUGGCACGUUCGCGGACAUGAUCGCGGCUCGGAAAGCGGAGAAAGGCGGGAGCGGCGGCGGAAGCGCAAUAUCCGAAAUGAUCGCCGCGCGGCAGCAGAGCGCGAAAGACGCGGAACCUUCUGGGGAGGAUCCCGAGGUCACAGCGGCAAAGGCGGCGGCGGAAGCGAACCGGCUGGCCAUUUUCAACUCUAUCCGGUUUUCGGGCCAGCCGAGUCCGGGCCAGUUAAAGCCCGAGGAACGCAACGGUAUCGACCGUAGCAGCAAUCUUGGCGGCGGCGUCGGCGAGUCGCGCAUGGCCGGGCCCGAGAAGCGAACCAGCUUAUCGUCGGUAGUGUCGAACGCGGAGGCGGAAGCCGCCGCCGCCGCCGCCGCCGCUGCCGCUGCGGCUAUAGCCGCGGCAGGCACGCCGGGCGGACCCGGGGGAGGGUUUUCCAGGGACGGGCCGUCUCCGCCCGUGUCCAUCCGCCGUCCGCCGUCGCACGGAGCUAUGAGCUUCGCAAGCAGUUCGGACGGGGAGGCGAGCGCGCAGGUGAUGCCGUGGGGGGGAAGCCCCGCGCCCCGCCUGGGGGGAGGCGCAGGGGCGGAGCGCGGGGGCGGGGGGUUUCCUGUCUCCGCGGAGAGUCCCGGGGGGAGGAGCGUGGCGAGUGAGAUGCUGACGUUGGAUAAUGAUGACGUGGCGGGUGGGGGUCCUGUGGUGGCGGCGCUACAGGCGGCGCACGCGCGGAGGAAGCAGAGCGACAGGAGCUACUUCCAAAAGGCCGAGGAGAUGUACUCGUUACAGGUGGCGGUGGCGCUGCGGCUGAUAGAGGACGCGGAGAUGGCGGAGGAGACGGAGAUGGCGCCGCCCCAGGCGAACCCCAAUGACAUGCUCUGGGCCAGUCCGCUCAUGCCUCGUAGCCAGGCUGAAGCCACGGCCUACCGCUUCUGGGUGAACGGGUGCCUCAGCUAUGAAGAUCGUAUAGAGGAUGGAUUUUAUGACAUCUGGGGCAUGCAGCCGUACGUCUACUCGCUCUGUGUGGACUCCUCCCACCGCGGCCGCAUGCCUCCUCUGGACUCCCUGCGAGCGCUGCACCCAAGCGAGGCGUCGUUUGACGUGGCGCUCAUCAACCGCACCAUCGAUGCGGAGCUGAAGGACUUGGAGGACGAGGCGGUGAACCUGGCGUACGCUGCUACUGAGGUGCAGACGCUCGCGCAGAAGCUUGGAGUCUUGGUCGCUCAUCAUAUGGGGGGUGCGGUCAAUUCGGAGCCCAACGAGUUGAUUCCACGGUUCAGGCAGCGGGGGUGGGAGAUCAAGAGCUACCUCAAGACCAUUGUGCUGCCCAUCGGGCAGCUGCCCGUGGGGAUCUGCCGCCACCGCGCCCUGCUCUUCAAGGUGUUGGCAGACGCGUUGGGCAUGCCAUGUCGCAUCCAGAAGGGGUGCAAGUUCUGUGGCAUGGACGAUGGAGCCUCGUGCCUCGUGCUCGCCAGUGACGAGAGGGAGUACGUGGUGGAUCUACUCCAGAGGCCAGGUACGCUGCUCACCAUCGAGCCCUCUGCGGAAUCAGCCACCAGCACCGCCACCAACGCCACCUACAUCGCCUCGCCCCUGCGCUGCCCGGAGGUCAAAUCUCUCGCGCUCACGGACCCUGCGGACGGCACGGGGCCGCAGUGGGUGCCGGACUUCAGAAGGCAGCAGCAGCAGCAGGAUGCUGUAGCCAUGGUGGGAUCGAGGCGCAUGUAUGCGGGAGGGCCCAAGGACCCUCAUGCCUCCUCUCUUUGCCCCGUUCAUCUGUUCCUUUCAUCCCUUGCGCUUCCCCCUCCUCCCUUGGUCUUCCCAACCACCAGGCAGCAGCAGGAGCAGGACGCGGAGGCGAUGGUGGGAUCAAGGCGCAUCUACGCGGGAGGGCCCAAGGACCCGCGGCACGUGGCUGCAUCGCCUAAAGGAGAGAGAAGGCGCAAGGAGCUCAAAGGGGUGGAGGAGGAGGAGGACAGCGAGGAGGAGGAGGAGGAGAAGAAACCGCAGAAGAAGGCCGGGAAGAAGGGUGGUGGGGAGGAGGACGAGGGGAAGAAGAAGGUGAGUGGAGCUCAUGGACGUGCUGAUGGGUUUGACUUUCAAAGGUGGAGAGGACGAGGAGAGGGAGAGAAUUUCCCCGAUCAAGCUGCAGAAGGAAGGCGAAGAAGGGUGGGGAGAGGGAGGGGAAGAGGAGGGAGAAGGGAAGCAGAAGGACCCAAAGCCAAGGUGGAAGCACCAGCAGCGGACGACGAGGCGACAGAUGCGGGGCCGAAAGCCAAGGUGGAAGCACCAGCAGCAGACGACGAGGCGACAGAUGCGGGGGUGGAAUUCAUGGAUGUGCUCUUGGAUGGGCGCAUCAUGGACAUUGGAGAGGCGGAGAUUGAUUGGAACGACAUCGAGAUGGGGGAGAGGGUGGGAGCAGGUUCCUUUGGCACUGUGUACCGCGCCGAGUGGGCUGGCUGUGAUGUGGCUGUGAAGGUGCUCAUCAACCAGGACAUGCAAGAGGAGCAGCUGCUGGAGUUCAAGCGAGAGGUGGUGAUCAUGCGUCGUCUGCGCCAUCCCAACAUAGUGCUCUUCAUGGGAGCAGUCACCAAGCCGCCCCACCUCUCCAUCCUCACAGAGUUUCUUAGCAGGGGAAGUCUCUUCCGUCUGCUGCAUCGGCCGGGGGCAAAGGAGACGCUCAAAGAGGAUCGCCGCAUUCGCAUGGCCAUGGAUAUUGCGAGAGGCAUCAACUACCUGCAUCAUUGCACACCCAUGAUCGUGCAUCGUGAUCUCAAAACCCCCAACCUGCUAGUGGAUAAGAAUUUCACAGUCAAGGUCUGCGACUUCGGUCUAUCUCGCAACAAGAACAGCACUUUUCUCUCCUCUAAAUCAGGCGCCGGAACG